GAUAAUCAAAUCACUCCCAAGUCCUAGAUCCUAAUAGUGUGUUCUAAAUACCAUAAUCCCUCGAGCUCACUCCCGGAAUCAAACCCAACCCGUGCCCCGGCGCACUCAGCGUCAGGGACAGCCGUGGCCUGCGACAUCCACGACGAUUUCCAGCCAGACUAACAGAAAGAAGAUAAGAUCAUCAACACCAGAGAAGAAGAACAAAGGGGAAAGGAAAAGGAAUUUAUUUGAUGACUUCUCUCUUUUUGUAUCUAUGAUCUGCCACCUUAAGCUUUGGAAAUCCCAUGCUUGUAUUGAAAUCCUUAAAGUUCUACAAGCGCCUCUACUGUUCUUCAGUUCCUGAUUCCGAAGCCAGUUACCUUACCAAACACAUUGAUUCUUUCCUCUCUAACAGUGUACUUGACUCCAGGACCCUUCUCUCUACUCAUGCCUAUAUCAUAACAACUGGUCAUUCACAUAAUAGAUUCAUAGCAUCCAAGCUGAUAGCAUCUUAUGCUUCAUUUAACCAGCCUCAUUCUUCCACCAAAGUUUUUGAUUCCCUCAGUUUCAAAGACCCUUUUCUUUGGAACUCCAUCAUCAAAGCUCAUUUUUCAAAUAGAAACUAUGUGCAAGCCCUUGAUUUCUUCUCCAAGAUGCCCUCUUUUGGCAAUUUGCCUAAUCAAUUUACCAUCCCUAUGGUGGUUUCAGCCUGUGCUGAACUUGGGUCGCUUUGUUUUGGCAUGAAUGUCCAUGGAUUGGCGUCAAAACUGAAUCUUUUUUGUGGGAAUUCAGCUGUUGGGGCUUCAUUUGUGUAUAUGUAUUCGAAAUGUGGGGUUGUGGAUGAUGCUUCUUUUGUGUUUGAUGAAAUUGCUAUGAAGGAUGUUGUUGCUUGGACUGCGAUUGUGAUUGGGUAUGUGCAGAAUGGUGAGAGUGAUAGCAGUUUGCAGUGCCUUUGUGAGAUGCACAGGCUUGGUGGUUAUGAUGAGAGGCCAAAUUCUCGGACAUUAGAAGGGGGGUUCCAAGCUUGUGGCAAUUUGAGUGCUUUGACAGAAGGCAGGUGCUUGCACGGAUUUGCACUUAAAUCUGGAAUUAUGUCCUCACAUAUCGUUCAAUCUGCGGUUUUGUCAAUGUAUUCUAAGUGUGGAAGUAUUGAGGAUGCACGAGUUUCAUUUUGUGAAGUUGUCAACAAGGAUCUAUUCUCAUGGACAUCAUUUAUUGGCGUUCAUGCAAAGUUGGGGUAUGUUUGUGAAUGCUUUCAAAUAUUUUUUAAGAUGCAGGCUAAUGGGGUAUACCCAGAUGGAAUGGUAAUUAGUUGUUUGAUUUCUGGCUUUGCUAAUUCCAUGAAGAUCUUAGAAGGGAAAGCAUUUCAUGGUUUUAUAGUAAGGAGAAAUUUUGAUGUUGAUCAGAUUGUUCGUAGUUCAUUAAUGGCAAUGUAUUGUAAGUUUGACCUCCUGGCUCUUGCAGAGAAGAUCUGUUUUGGAGGUCAUAAUCAGGAGAAAGACUGUUGGAACUUGAUGAUUGUUAGCUAUGAAAAAGCAGGAUUAGAGAUGAACUGCAUAAAGUUGUUCCGAGAGAUGCAGCAUGAAGGAAUUGAAGCUGAUUUGAACAGCGUGAUAUCUGUGGUUUCUUCCUGCUCAAGAUUGGGAGCGAUCCAUUUUGGUCAAUCUGUACAUUGCCAUAUUAUCAAAAGUUUGAUGUUUGAGAAGGUUUCAGUUGUAAAUUCACUUAUAAACAUGUAUGGGAAAUGUGGGAAUUUGACCAUGGCCCAGAGUUUGUUUCAUCAAACAAGCCAGGACAUUGCUACAUGGAAUUCUCUUAUCUCAUGUUAUGCUGACAGUGGACAUCCUUUUAAGGCUCUGAUUCUUUUUGACAAAAUGAUUUCGACAGGCCUGAAGCCUAACACAACAACACUGGUAACUUUGCUGUCUGCAUGUGCUCAGACUGCAUCCUUGGACAAAGGAAGAAAAAUUCAUGAUUACAUCAGAGAACAGGGAUUUGAAUAUGAAGUUUCUCUUGCUACAGCCCUGGUCGAUAUGUAUGCAAAAUGUGGACAAAUUGAUUUGGCGAAAGAAAUCUUUGACUCGAUGAAUGAAAAGGAUGUUGUAUCUUGGAAUGUGAUGAUAUCCUCUUAUGGGAUGCAUGGACACGGGAAAUCUGCAAUUAAUGUUUUCCAACAAAUGGAAGAAAAUGGUGCUAGACCAAAUGACCUUACAUUUCUUUCAGUCCUCUCAGCCUGUGCUCAUGCUGGAUUGUUUGAUGAGGCCAAGUCUCUGUUUGAUCAAAUGAAAGAAUAUUCCAUCAUACCAACACUUAAGCACUAUGCUUGUAUGGUAGAUCUUUAUGGACGAUCAGGUCGUCUGCAUGAAGCUGAAUCUCUUGUUUCAUCAAUGCCUUUUGCUCCUGAUGGGGGCAUCUGGGGUUCUCUGUUAACUGCUUGCAAAAUGCACAAUAAUGCUGAGAUGGGUAUUAAGAUCGCAAAGCGCGCUAUGGAAACCGACCCAGAAAAUGAUGGGUAUUACAUAUUAAUCUCAGACUUCUAUAGCUCUGUCGAGAUGUGGAAAGAGGUGGAAGAAGUUAGAAGGACAAUGAAGGAUAGAGGGAUAAGGAAGACAAUGGGCUGGAGUACAUUAUAACUAGCGUAAUGGUAACAAAAUAUAAUCAGGGAAUCCUUGCAGAACUUUAGAUCAUAAAAAUUUGUCAGGAUUAUAACAAAUUGAAUUAAUCUCCAUCUAUCCGGUUGUCUUGGUACAUGGCAGCAAG